ACGCGCUCUUUGCCGCUCUCGAAUCUGUGCGCGAGUCCCAGCAAGAGGCAGCGGGGACGCCGACUUCUCGUUGCCCGCCUGUUGGGGUCGGCGCGGGAGGGGGCGGGGCACCGGCCCGGUAGGGGAGAGGCUGGGGCCGUGGAAAGGAUGCCAAAGAAGAAGCGGAAAAUUGCAGAUGGGUCUGAUGCCCAACCCCAAGAUAAGGAAGGAGAGGAGUCAAAGGUAUCAUCAAAUGCCACACUGAAGCACAGUUUUGUGGACGCAUGUAUUGUCAUAUCUGACAGUGAUGGAGAGCAAGAGUCAAAAGAUGAGCCAGUUCCACAGAAGAAAAGAACAAAGCAGCAGCUGGAUAGAGCGAAGUUUGCAGCAAAAAGAAAAAUUGCACAAAUGACAGAAGAUGAGCAGUUUGCCCUGGCUCUGAAAAUGAGUGAGCAAGAAGCCAGACAGUUGAACUCGCAAGAGGAGGAAGAGGAAGAGCUUUUGAGAAAGGCCAUUGCUGAGAGCCUCAGUAGCUGCCUGCCUUCAGAAAGUUCUGCUGCAGCUGCUGUUCCUCUUGCUUCCCAGGCACCAGCAUCUGCAGCUGGACAAGAGGAUCCUGAGCUCCUUACAGCUGUGCUGUCCUGCGCUGAGUCUCCUUGCUCCAAGUGCAGUUCCCUCUCAUCCUGCGACAAGGCUGAUGAGAAUGGACAGACAGAUGUCGCCAAGAGGCCCCUCGUAGUACUGACGAGGUUAAGCCAGGAGAUAGUUGAAAGCUCACUAGUCUCUAGCAUAAUUGUAUCUCCAGGGAAGAGCCAGCCUUUUGCAAGGUCAAAUGAAAAUCCUUCCUCACCAGCAGGGAGCAGUUCCAGUGACACAACAUCCAGUCUAGAAGAGGAGAUGCCAGUUACUGUAAGUCCCACCUUUCCCCAAAAGCCUCAGAAAAUUUGGCCGCUGGCACCUCAGAGACUUUUUGUGGGAAGGGGCAGCCCCUCGAGGCCAGCAGGCAAAGGGGCUGACAAGUGUUCCCUGAGUGACUCAAAAAGAGAACCCGUUGUCAGUACCUCAGAAGUCCAAGAAAAGGAGCCCCAGAAGCACAAUAUCUUGGAUCACUUCAGCCAUCCAGCUUCUGAGUCUGUGCAUCAGUUUGAGCCCAGCAGGAAGACAUGCCUUUCUCCUAAGCCUGCGGAAAGGAUUGAUAUGCCAGAAAAAGCACCUCUGCUCUGCCCACUUCAUGUGAGUGAUGAGGAAUGUCAGCAAGAAGAAAGGGAUGUGGUGCACUAUUACUGGGGUGUCCCAUUCUGUCCUAAGGGAGUGGAUCCCAGCAAAUACACCCAAGUCAUUCUGUGUCAGCUUGAGGUUUACCAGAAAAGCCUGAAACAGGCUCAGCGACAGCUUCUGCAGAAGAGGCGGUUUGGGGAGCCAGUUGUGCCUGAUUCAUGCUCCUUGAGGAGAGGUGAAUGUGGGAAAGGAGAAGAGGCAAUCAGGGCAAAGGAAGCUACAGAUGAGCAGGAAGGAGAUGACACAGAUGACAAAAAAGAACCUGAGCGCAUAACCUGGCUUCUGUCCCCAACCAGUGGAGAGCCUAACAAAAAUCCAGAGCAAAAUAAGGCAGAAGGGAGAAGUUCUGAGAGUGAAGAUGAACCCGCAAGCACCUCUUGCCAGGCAUCUCAAGUACUAUUUGGAGAAGAUGUGCUUGAAGAAAGGGAGCCCAUGCAGAUUACACAAAGCAUUUCUGCCUUGACCCCUCUGGACAGUAAGAGAAGCCCAGACAUUGCCACAGAGACUCAUGCUGAGGAAGAAAUCACCGUUUGUCCCGAGACCCAGCCGAGUCCAUCACAAGCUAUCGAGCCCGAGAGCAGAGAAAUCCAUUCAUCCAGCAAAGAUGUGUCUCUGCAGGCUGAUGCAGAUGAAGAUGCUGGGGAGGACAUGUCUGCACACAGCCCUCCAGCUGAUGACCCCAUGUCAUGCCCACUCUGUGACCGCAGAUUCCCAGUUUCAGAAAUCGAGCUCCAUGCUAUGUAUUGUAAUGGUAUAGGAGAGGAGACAAUGGAAGAUGCUCCAGUGAUGACCCGGCGACAGAGAGAAGCCAAGAUGAAAGCCACCGGUUGCAAAGAGACACCAGAAUCUAUGGACAUUAACAAGUAUGAGAAGUGUUACCUCUGCAAGUCUCUGGUGCCGUGGAAAGAGUAUCAGAGGCAUGUCGAUGGCUGCCUCCGGAGCUGGGCUGCCAAUGGAGCUCUGGGUGGCAGGAAGCUGCGGCACGCAAAGGAGGAGGGAAGAUGUGAAGGCCGACUCCUGAGCAUGCUGGAGGAGUCUGAACACAAGGCUACAGAUGCAGAGGUGGCUGCCACACCUUCUCGGGGAGAAGACUCAAGGCAAUGCUUGGCAGAGGUGGAAAAGAAGUCUGAGGAUGAUCAGGAUGCCUGGAGCCCCUUUCCUCAACCAGCUUGCAGUGACUCUCCCAUUAGAUCUUUCACCUCCAUUUCUGAAGCCAAAGACUGCCUUGUGGACUUUAAAAAGCAGCUUCCCAUUGGCCCAGGCAGUCGGAAACAAACCAAAGCCAGCCUCAGAAACAGGAAGAAGUUCUGAGGGUUGCUGAGUGGAGAAGGGACCUGAACAUGCAACAGGAAGCAAGAUCUUAUAUUCCAUUGACUUUGCCUGGCAGGAAAGGUGCAGCUGCCCAAACAUUUUCAGAGUUCCUUCUACUGUACAUUUUGUACGAACUUUGCAGGGAUUUGUCAUGUAUGGAUUUGUUUGUGUACUUUUUAGGUGCCUAUUCUAUCUUGCUUUUCAAUUAGAAAAAAUGAAAUAUAUUUAUUAUGUUUUUAUAAACCUCCAUGUGCUCCUGUUUGGGAUUUUUAAAACUGUGUAUUUGUGUAAAGGCUACUUCACAACGUGUGUCCACAAACAAAGGCGAAAUAGCAUAGAGGUCAGUGUGAGUCACUUCUCAGUAUAAUUAAAAACUGAAGGCAGAAUCCAGCCAAAGUUGUUCAUUUCCAGGUUCUAUUAUAUCUGCGGGAGAGAUUUAACCAUGUGCUUAAUUCUCCCAUUAAAAUCAAUGGGAUAUAAGAAGUAUUUAA